GGGAUGAUGUUGUGCACAUGCGCGUUGUGUGGAUGUUACCGGAGCGCGAGAGGUAGGAGUGAAGGGAGUCCUAAUGGCGGAGAACGUUCGGUCGCCUUUUGACUACCGGGAGCCACCGACCCUCGACAGCGACGGGGAUGGGAGCAAACCGCCGCCGCCACGGGGGCGAGUGUGUGGGAGAAAAAGGAAGGGGACACCUGUGAAGGUGUGUGACCGAGCGUAUGUAACAGAAGAUGAGGAGGAGGAGAGCAUGUCAGAACACAGCUACAGCCCUGGCGAUGGCCAGUAUCCAGAGGGUUCAGAAGACCGCCUCCCUCCACCUGGCAGUCCCUACUACCUGCCCGAUCCCACUCAGCUCUGUGUGCCAGAGUUGGGGGAGGAGGGAGCGAGCGGUGUUCGAGGACCUGUCCUCUUCCAUCCGCCGCCCAACUGCCGGAUUCGAGAAGUCCACUGUGGGACCCAGGUGCGGCUGGUUGUCAUAGCAAUCCGAGACAUCGCCAAAGGGGAGGAGAUCACAGUGGACUACAGCCUGACGGACUGGGGCGAGAAUGCAAUGGAGGAAGAGGCCGGCCCCCACCCGCUGUCCCUCUCUGUUUCCGACUACCUUACCCCCUCCUGGUCAUUAUCCCCCUCAUCCUCCCCACUCACCCACUCUGAGCCCAGUGACUCAGACCGCGAGGAGGACGAAGAGGAGGAAGACGACGACGAUGACGACGACGACGAAGAAGAGGAACUUGAGGAGAUAAGGGGCCGGAUGCUUCGCCGCCGCAAGAAGCGCAAGCUGCCCGCGGCCGCUGUCGAUACGAAGAAGAAGAGCUCGCCCACCUCCUCCAGAGGACCUGGUCGCCCCUGCUCAUCCUUUUCCCACCCGGCACCUGUCGCAACCCCCGCCAGAUCCCAGCCCCCAGUCAGCGCCCUGACACCCCCGACCACCAACAUCAACAACAAUAUUAACAUAAACAUUGGCAGCUCCAGCGACGCCACAGUGAGCCGGCGGCAGCACUGCCCGUACUGCGGCCGCCACUAUCGCUCUCUGGCGCGCCACCUGGAGAAGCACCACGCCAACCAGCCAGACGUCAGGACAGCCAUGGAGCUGGCACACAUGCACAGCUCUUCAAAUGGCAGCGCCUCACACCCUCACCCCUCAUCGUCCUCCACCUCCACCUCCGCCUCCGCCACUCACAGCCAUUCCUUCGCUGUCCCUCAGCCCUCGGCCUCCAACCCCGCUCCCCCCCCCCUCUUCUCCAGGGAGAGGGAAUCGCCAGCUACGCGCUCAAGCACAGGCGGCGUCUCGUUCUCCCUCUCGCUUACGCCGCCACCUUCCACUCAGCCUGCAGCCGCCAAGAAGGGGCCUAGCUUACCACUGCCCGGCACAAAACGUCCCGCAUCCUCGAUGGCGUCACGAGUUAAGAGUCCAUCACCACCUCCCCCAACGACUCCCAGAAGGGGUCGGAGGAUGAAGAGAGAAAAGCACGAAGAGCCGCAAAAGGUGGAGGUGGAGAGCUCGAAAAGUCAAGAGGAGCUGGUUCCACCUCCUACUCCAGAGCCAGACGUAGAUCCAGAUGAAGAUCUAGAGCUGAGUGGAGACGGAGAAGAAGACGCACCAGAAGAGAAGAAUGGAGAGAUUGUAAGCACACAGAGACAUCACAUGUCUCCGCUGCUCUCUUCCCUCUCCUGUUUGGUCAUCUACCUGCGCCGCCAGCAGCACUCCUCUUUCCUUUCUCUAACCCGUUCUCCACACUCUGCCGAGGCCUGGCGCCUUCUCUGCCACUCCAGCCUCUCCCUGCUCAUCCUCUACAACCGCCACCGGGAAUGUGAGGUGGCCAAGCUCACUAUCCAGGACUACCGCAACCGUACCACCCCCCUGGCCAGCUCUAGCACCACCCCACCCAUCGGCAUGGAAGCCCUCCUGUCCCCCUUUGAGCGCCAGGUCCUCUGUAACCUUCCGCGGGCUAGUGUUCUGGGCAAGCGCGGUCGCAUCCAGCCACUUAUUCUCCCGCCACACUGCGAGUCCUGCUUGGACCUUCUCCUUCAAACCAGCCCCAAUGUGGGCGUGGACCCAGAGAGCCCCUAUGUCUUCUCCCGGCCCUACCACUCUCCCGCCACACCGCUACGGGGCACGGACCUUCUGAGAAACCUGGCACGAUCCAGUGGGGCCAAGAAUCCCGGUGCACUGACAGCAACGCGUGUGCGGCGGCAGGUAGCAAUACUAACUCAACUGCUACUAUUAGAGGAGGAAGAGGGCCAGGGUGCAGCCACCAAACUGCUGGAGAGCUUCCUGGAGCGAGAGUACCACGUGACCCAGAACUGCUCAACUAUCAUACGGGAUCCAGCACUGAUGGGUCGUGUGGGUCGUGUUGUCCUUUAUGGAGAGAGGGAGGGAGUGCUUUUCCGAGGGAUGAGCCUGCAGCACAUCUGCCUCGAGUUGGAUGUAUUGUCUGGCAACUCGGCAGACUCCUUCUCAGAAGAUUCAGAGGCAGAGGAAGAAAAGGAAGAAGUUAAGGAGAAAGCUGAGGUGAUGGUGAAGAAGAAGGGACCAGGGCGACCGCCACGGAAGAAGAGAGCACCCAAUCCCUCUCCAGUCACCCCAACAAUAGCCAAUGUUCAUAAGAGACGAUGCAUUCCACCCAAAUCAGGGAAGCGUGGCGUGCUAAAGCGUCCCUGGUCAGAGGCCGAGCGUGUAGCAGUGGAGACUCACCUAAAGAGAAACCUUGUGGAGCUGCGAGUCCCCGCGAAGGCGGACUGCGAGCGCUGCCUCGAACUCUGCCCCCUGCUGGUGAGCAACCAGCGAGACUGGAGGGCCAUCAAGUUUUACGUCCACAACCGCAUCCAGCUGCUGAAGAAGCAGGGGAGGAGGGAAAGCGCUGCUGCGGUCUGCUAGGGCAAAACACAAGACACGGCAGAGGACACAUACCAUAAUGUAUAAACCACCAGCAAUCACAACGAAGGGAAAGGUGGAGUGCUUUCUUUUCUUUUUCGGUGCAGUACCUGAAGUUGCCCAGUCUCAUCACCCUGGUCAUAAGUGAGUAGUGUAAUAAAACUGACUAAACUAAGAAAACAGAUGCUCCAGUUUAGGAUCAUUCAGUGUUGGGGACGCCCAGUGUCUGUUCCAGAUGUUCUUUUUAAGCGGUUGGACAAGAUGUACGUGAAAGUGUGAAUACGAGUUCAAACACGUUUUCUUUUUUUAAAGAUUUAUUUUUUAUGUCAUCCUUACUUUUAUGAAAUAGUUGACAGUGGAGAGCAGCAGGAGAUAUAAGAGGGAGAGAGAAGUGGACAUGCAACAAAUGUCCCUGGAGUAACGCCAGUCCACAAGGUUGGUAUGUGCUUUAAACCACCAGGACACUUUACAGCGAAUAGUCCUUGGUCUGCUUCCACUGAAGGCUGAUGACCAAACAUGAAUGUGUAAAGCUUUGGAAGAAGAAACCAACGGUUCUGAUCUUUAAAAAACAUCCCCACAAGUAGACUAUCUAUGUACGUAUGUAUGAACUUGUAUAGUUACUGUUUGAUAUUGACUGACAUUGCGCCCCCCAACCCACGGCGCCCAACUGACGAGCGUAUUAAUAAGUAUUCCUCAAAGUCUUGGACCGUGAUGCACCUGUGAAGUGGUUCUUGCAUACCUCUUCUACCAUGGUCAUAGUCGAGACUGUUCUGUAUCAAGGCACGCCUACUUGAAUUUACCGCGUAUCAGAAUUUAAAAAAAAUAUAUUUCAGAAUCAACCUAUGGUCUUAUCCACAAUGUAAAUACUUCCUAAUCUAUGGAAAAAUAUACAGUAGUGAUGGCAAAGUUAGUAUUGUGUUAUUGUGUAUAUACUGUGUAAAUACUACCUGUACUUAUUAAAGUGUAUGACAUUUUGCUGUGUUUUCUUAAAUUGGAUUGUAAAGUGAGUUUUACAUUGUGGAUGCAGAGUGAAACAAAGAAAAUAGAAGUAACAAAUAAACACAAGAACCCAU